AUGCCGACGUGCGGCGACGCAGACGCGGUGGCGCGUGCUCUCACGUGCCGUAACAGCACGUCGGCAGCUCACAUAAAGCUCAUCUCAUCCCUCGUUAUCUUCGCCACGAGUAUCGCCGGAAUUUCAUUCCCAGUCAUUCUCGCGAAAUCAUUUGCCGGGAAACCAGCCUACGACAGGGCUACUUUGGUAAUUAAGUGUUACGCAGCAGGGGUAAUCUUGUCAACUUCACUCGUGCAUGUAUUACCCGACGCCUUCGACGCGCUGGGUGAUUGCGUGGUUGCCACGCGCCACCCUUGGAAGGACUUCCCCUUCGCGGGGCUCGUAACGCUUAUCGGGGCGCUACUUGCUUUACUAGUUGAUCUCGCGGCGAAUUCCUCCCAUGCGGAGGUACACGCGCGUGGGGGGUAUACGCAGCUGGAUGGCCCACACUGCCACGGUGGCAGUGGGGAAGGGAAGGUGGAGAUGGUGGUGGUGGUGAGGGAGAAUGGUGACGUGGUGGAGGAGAGAGAGAGUGAGAAAGUGGCGGCGGCCGAGGAAGAGGCAAGGGAGAAAAUGAGGCAGAGAAUGGUGUCACAAGUGUUGGAGAUAGGAAUAAUAUUUCAUUCGGUGAUCAUUGGGGUGACCAUGGGUAUGUCACAAAAUGUUUGUACAAUAAAACCACUUGUUGCUGCUCUUUCUUUUCAUCAAAUUUUUGAAGGCAUGGGACUUGGUGGUUGCAUUGCUCAGGCAGGAUUCAGCUUCAAGACAACAGCCUACAUGUGCUUCAUGUUUUCAGUUACGACGCCGGUGGGGAUAAUUUUGGGGAUGAUCAUAUUUUCGUUGACAGGGUACGAUGACAGCAGUGCUAACGCGUUGAUUUCUGAGGGUUUGUUAGGUUCACUAUCAUCUGGUAUACUCAUAUACAUGGCUCUAGUCGAUCUAAUAUCUGCAGAUUUCUUCCAUAACAAGUUGAUGAGCUCAGAGACGAAGAUGAAGAAGGGUUGUUAUAUUGCUCUGGUUCUUGGUUCUGCUUCUAUGUCAAUACUUGCUCUUUGGGCUUGAAAAUUUUGUGCAUAUUUGUAACUCAUGUAAGAAUGUACUUGUACCUGUGGUAACUUUGAUUAUGCUAGAAAUAGAUCUACUUGCACUCGUAAAUUAUACUACAAAGUACUAU